AGUUGACUUGUUGUUCUCGCGCGCGCGGCAGAUCCAAAGGCUGAAAAGUUUCGCGCGGAGCGCCAGUCAGAGUCAGUCAGUCAGUCGCUCGUAUAUAACGAGCUUCCAGGCAGCGCUGCUGCUGCUACUGUUUUUGCUGGUAUACUCGGUGUACGGCGGUAUAUAAAUCUCCCAAGCGAGCGAGCAGCGACACGACUGACAGUCAACGUGAAUUUAUUUAUUGCCCGUUUAUGUGUGUAUUAAAACACUCGAGUGUAAUAAUAAUAUAAUAAUUAUUAUAUUUGAACGUGCGACGACGUUUUGUACCGUAUUACACACGCAGCCGAUAUAAUACCGAUUUUGAGUUAUCGUCUGCAUCAUGGCGAACGCGUGGACCAGUAUUUACGCUCGUGGACAUCAGCGGAGCCCCUCGGACUCUCAGGCUUUCAAGGAGAGAACUAAACGCGAUGCACUCGCUGAUCUCGAGCACGAGCUCGCCAGAAUCUCGCUGACCGCCGAAGACUUCGAGAAGCAGGCCAUCGAACAGCAAAAUGAAGGAUUCAAAAAGCUCUUCGAGAGAUUCAUCGAGGGUAGCGGAUCGUCCUUCAAUUGGGACAAAAUCCAGAAGCUUCCGGACGACGCGAUAAAAGACUACGAUGCUCUGCCGGAGCCCGCGUCGGAAGAGAUCAAAGCCCUGCUGAGCAAGUUGGUCGUGGUGAAGCUCAACGGCGGUCUUGGAACGAGUAUGGGCUGCCACGGGCCGAAAUCCGUCAUUUCCGUGAGAAAUGGUCUCACCUUCUUGGAUCUUACCGUGCAACAAAUCGAGGCCUUGAACAAACAGUACGGAUCGAAUGUGCCUUUGGUACUGAUGAACUCGUUCAACACCAAUGAAGACACGCACAAAAUCAUCAAGAAGUACAAGGGAAUCGACAUCGAGAUCCACACCUUCAACCAAAGCUGUUUUCCACGUAUCGACAAGGAAUCGCUUUUACCCAUUGCCAAGCAUAGUAAAAUUAAUGAAGAUUUGGACGCGUGGUACCCACCAGGGCAUGGUGACUUUUACGAAAGUUUCCACAAAUCGGGUCUCUUAGAAGUCUUCCUCAAGCAGGGAAGAGAAUACUGCUUCAUUUCUAAUAUAGAUAAUUUAGGAGCCACAGUUGAUCUAAAAAUUCUGCGAUUAGUGUUAGAAAAAUCAAAUGAAAUGGAGUUUCUCAUGGAAGUUACUGACAAAACGAGAGCAGAUGUUAAGGGUGGUACGUUGAUUCAAUACGAAAAUAAAUUGAGACUUCUUGAAAUCGCCCAAGUGCCAAAGGAACACACAGAAGACUUUAAAUCAGUCAAAACAUUUAAAUAUUUCAACACCAACAAUCUUUGGAUAAAACUUUCUGCAAUCGACAGAGUCCUGAGAGAAGAUGCUCUAGACAUGGAAAUAAUUGUUAACGCGAAAACCUUUGAAAAUGGUUUGAACGUUAUACAGUUGGAGACGGCUGUGGGAGCUGCUAUGAAAACUUUCAACGGCAGUUCCGGUAUCCAUGUACCGCGAAGCAGAUUUUUACCCGUGAAGAAAACUUCGGAUCUAAUGCUAGUCAUGAGCAAUUUAUACACUUUGCGCAACGGAUCUUUAACUAUGUCACCAGAGCGAAUGUUUCCAACUACGCCCUUGGUAAAACUUGGAGACAGCCACUUUUCCAAAGUUAAAGAUUUUCUGAACAGAUUUCCAACGAUCCCAGAUCUGUUGGAACUGGAUCAUUUAACCAUCUCCGGUGAUGUAACUUUCGGUCGCAAAGUUACCCUGAAAGGAACCGUCAUUAUCAUCGCGAAUCAAGGGGAGCGCAUCGAUCUCCCGUCCGGCACGAUUUUGGAAAAUAAAAUUGUCUCCGGAAACAUGCGAAUCAUGGAUCAUUGAUUGAUUCCAGCUCGACGCAAAAAAAUGACUAAUUUUUCGAUAUUUUGUAAUCAAAAAUGCAGAAUAGUUCGGGAUAUUGUAAAUAUAUAUUUGUAACGGAAGGCUAAGUGGCUGCUGCGCGGUAUACUACUUAGUAACGCAAUAUUUUUAAAAUUUGAAUACUAACUUUUAAGUUUAAAACCUUAACAUAACGUUGACGUUAAAGAAAUUAAUUUUCAAUUUUUGAUCGUUGUUAUCGAGAUUUUUUUUAGACCUUUAUGGAAAACAAAUGCGACUUUACCUUACAAUUUAUUUGAUAAUUUGGCAAUCAAUUAUGUAUUAUUAGCGACAACUAUGUUAAUCGUAUGCACUAACGUUUAUUAUUGUAAAAUUAUUUUACUUUCAAAAUAAAUUAGAAAGAAACUGCUAUGA